CGGAAGCCCGGGGGGCGGCGGGGAAGGCCCGGUUAUCACGGCGCUCACGCCCAUGACCAUCCCGGACGUGUUCCCGCACCUGCCGCUCAUCGCCAUCACCCGCAACCCGGUGUUCCCGCGCUUUAUCAAGAUUAUCGAGGUCAAGAACAAGAAGCUGGCUGAGCUGCUCCGGAGGAAAGUCCGCCUUGCCCAGCCGUACGUCGGUGUCUUUCUGAAGAGGGACGACAAGAUCCACAUCAGCCGGCAGCUGGCGGUGGAACCCGAGGAGGCAGAGGCCGACCGUGAGCAGAAGCCCCGGCGGAAGCCGAAGCGGACCAGGAAGGAGGCCGAGGACGGCCCGAGCGCCACGGCCCCGCUGGGGGUCGCAGAGCCCAGUCCCGAAGCCCUGGGCGAGGUGCUCAUGGUGGAGGUGGAGAACGUCGUCCAUGAGGACUUCCAGGUCACGGAGGAGGUGAAGGCCCUGACGGCUGAGAUCGUGAAGACCAUCCGGGACAUCAUCGCCUUGAACCCUCUGUACAGAGAGUCGGUGCUGCAGAUGUUGCAGGCGGGCCAGCGGGUGGUGGACAACCCCAUCUACCUGAGCGACAUGGGCGCCGCGCUCACCGGAGCCGAGUCCCACGAGCUGCAGGAUGUCCUGGAGGAGACCAACAUCCCCAAGCGGCUGUACAAGGCGCUGUCCCUCCUGAAGAAGGAAUUCGAGCUCAGCAAGUUGCAGCAGCGCCUGGGCCGGGAGGUGGAGGAGAAGAUCAAGCAGACCCACCGCAAGUACCUGCUGCAGGAGCAGCUGAAGAUAAUCAAGAAGGAGCUGGGGCUGGAGAAGGAGGACAAGGACGCCAUCGAGGAGAAGUUCCGCGAGCGGCUGAAGGGACUGGUGGUCCCCAAGCACGUCAUGGACGUGGUGGACGAGGAGCUGAGCAAGCUGGGGCUGCUGGACAACCACUCCUCGGAGUUCAACGUCACCCGCAACUACCUGGACUGGCUCACGUCCAUCCCCUGGGGCAAGUAUAGCGACGAGAACCUGGACCUGGGCCGCGCCCGGGCUGUGCUGGAAGAGGACCACUACGGCAUGGAGGAUGUCAAGAAGCGCAUCCUGGAGUUCAUCGCAGUCAGCCAGCUGCGAGGCUCCACCCAGGGCAAGAUCCUCUGCUUCUACGGCCCGCCCGGCGUGGGCAAGACAAGCAUUGCCCGCUCCAUCGCCCGCGCCCUGAACCGCAAGUACUUCCGCUUCAGUGUCGGGGGCAUGACGGACGUGGCCGAGAUCAAGGGACACAGGCGGACGUACGUGGGGGCCAUGCCUGGGAAGAUCAUCCAGUGCCUGAAGAAGACCAAGACGGAGAACCCCCUGAUCCUGAUAGACGAGGUGGACAAGAUUGGCCGGGGCUACCAGGGGGACCCGUCGUCCGCGCUGCUGGAGCUGCUGGACCCAGAGCAGAAUGCCAACUUCCUGGACCACUACCUGGAUGUGCCCGUGGACCUGUCCAAGGUGCUGUUCAUCUGCACGGCCAACGUCACGGAGACCAUCCCCGAGCCGCUGCGGGACCGCAUGGAGAUGAUCAACGUGUCCGGCUACGUGGCUCAGGAGAAGCUGGCCAUCGCCGAGCGGUACCUGGUGCCCCAGGCCCGCGCGCUGUGUGGCCUGGACGAGAGCAAGGCCCGGCUGUCGUCAGACGUGCUCACGCUGCUCAUCAAGCAGUACUGCCGGGAGAGCGGCGUGCGCAACCUGCAGAAGCAGGUGGAGAAGGUGCUGCGCAAGUCGGCCUACAAGAUUGUCAGCGGUGAGGCCGAGGCCGUGGAGGUGACGGCUGAGAACCUGCAGGACUUUGUCGGGAAGCCCGUGUUCACGGUGGAGCGCAUGUAUGACGUGACACCGCCUGGCGUGGUCAUGGGCCUGGCCUGGACCGCCAUGGGAGGUUCCACGAUGUUCGUGGAGACGUCCCUGAGGCGGCCCCGGGACAAGGACCCUAAGGGGGACAAGGAUGGCAGCCUGGAGGUGACAGGCCAGCUGGGGGACGUGAUGAAGGAGAGCGCCCGCAUCGCCUACACCUUCGCCAGGGCCUUCCUGAUGCAGCACGAGCCCAGCAACGAGUUCCUGGUGUCCUCGCACAUCCACCUGCAUGUGCCAGAGGGCGCUACCCCCAAGGACGGCCCCAGCGCCGGCUGCACCAUCGUCACAGCCCUGCUCUCCCUGGCCAUGGGCCAGCCCGUGCGGCAGAACUUGGCCAUGACUGGGGAGGUCUCUCUCACGGGCAAGGUCCUGCCCGUCGGGGGCAUCAAGGAAAAGACCAUCGCGGCCAAGCGAGCGGGCGUGACCUGCAUCGUGCUGCCGGCCGAGAACAAGAAGGACUUCUACGACCUGGCGGCCUUCAUCACCGAGGGCUUGGAGGUGCACUUCGUGGACCACUACGGCGACAUCUUCCACAUCGCCUUCCCCGACGAGCGCGCACAGGCCCUGGCCGUGGAGCGGUGAUGGCGGCGGCCGGGCCGGACUGUAGGGGACCCCGCCUGGCAGGAGCCACGGGAGCGCCGGGGUCGCGGGUCGCCCACCCCUGAAUCACUGAGACUGGCACCGAACUAUUUAAUUGUGAUUAAACCCAUUUGCAGACGG